GCCGUGACGCGAGGCCCCCUGCAGCCCCAGUAGCUCCCAGCGCUCCCUGCCCCCCUCCCCGCGGCGGCCAGCCUUGCCGUCGAGUGACAGCGGCCUGGGGGGGCAGGGGGGGCGGGGGCGGCCGGACCAGCGAUGCCGGCGGGCAUGACGAAGCAUGGCUCCCGCUCCAGCAGCUCGCUGCCGCCGGAGCCCAUGGAGAUUGUGCGCAGCAAGGCGUGCUCACGGCGCGUCCGCCUCAACGUCGGGGGGCUGGCGCACGAGGUGCUCUGGCGCACCCUGGACCGCCUGCCACGCACGCGUCUGGGCAAGCUCCGCGACUGCAACACGCACGACUCGCUGCUCGAGGUGUGCGACGACUACAGCUUGGACGACAACGAGUACUUCUUCGACCGCCACCCGGGCGCCUUCACCUCCAUCCUCAACUUCUACCGCACGGGGCGACUGCACAUGAUGGAGGAGAUGUGCGCGCUCAGCUUCAGCCAGGAGCUGGACUACUGGGGCAUCGACGAGAUCUACCUGGAAUCCUGCUGCCAGGCCCGUUACCACCAGAAGAAGGAGCAGAUGAAUGAGGAGCUCAAGCGCGAGGCCGAGACCCUGCGCGAGCGCGAGGGUGAGGAGUUCGACAACACGUGCUGCGCGGAGAAGAGGAAGAAGCUCUGGGACCUCCUGGAGAAGCCUAACUCCUCCGUGGCGGCCAAGAUCCUGGCCAUCAUUUCCAUCAUGUUCAUCGUCCUCUCCACCAUCGCCCUGUCACUCAACACACUCCCCGAGCUGCAGAGCCUCGAUGAGUUCGGCCAAACCACAGACAACCCCCAGCUGGCCCACGUGGAGGCUGUGUGCAUCGCGUGGUUCACCAUGGAGUACCUGCUGCGGUUCCUCUCCUCGCCCAAGAAGUGGAAGUUCUUCAAGGGCCCGCUCAACGCCAUUGACUUGUUGGCCAUCUUGCCAUACUACGUCACCAUCUUCCUUACCGAGUCCAACAAAAGUGUGCUGCAGUUCCAGAAUGUCCGCCGCGUGGUCCAGAUCUUCCGCAUCAUGCGGAUCCUUCGCAUCCUCAAGCUCGCCCGCCACUCAACGGGCCUUCAGUCGUUGGGUUUCACCCUGAGGAGGAGCUACAACGAGCUGGGCUUACUCAUUCUCUUCCUCGCCAUGGGUAUCAUGAUUUUUUCCAGCCUGGUCUUUUUUGCUGAGAAGGAUGAGGAUGACACCAAAUUCAAAAGCAUCCCAGCCUCUUUCUGGUGGGCCACCAUCACCAUGACGACGGUUGGGUAUGGAGAUAUCUACCCCAAGACUCUCCUGGGGAAAAUUGUAGGGGGGCUCUGUUGCAUUGCGGGGGUCCUUGUGAUUGCUCUCCCCAUUCCCAUCAUCGUGAAUAACUUCUCUGAGUUCUACAAGGAGCAGAAGAGGCAAGAGAAAGCCAUCAAGCGGAGGGAGGCUCUGGAGAGAGCCAAGAGGAACGGCAGCAUCGUGUCCAUGAACAUGAAGGACGCUUUUGCCCGCAGCAUUGAGAUGAUGGACAUCGUCGUCGAGAAGAAUGGUGAGAACCUGGGUAAGAAGGACAAAGUGCAAGAUAACCACUUGUCUCCCAACAAAUGGAAGUGGACAAAGAGGACACUGUCUGAAACCAGUUCCAGUAAGUCCUUCGAAGCCCAGGAGCAGGGGUCUCCUGAGAAAGCUAGAGCAUCUUCUAGUCCCCAGCAUCUGAAUGUCCAGCAGUUGGAAGACAUGUACAAUAAGAUGGCCAAAACCCAAUCUCAACCGAUCCUCACUACCAAGGAGUCAGCAACCCAGAGUAAACCAGAGGAGGAACUUGAAAUGGAAAGCAUCCCCAGUCCCGUCGCCCCUCUGCCCACGCGCACAGAAGGGGUGGUCGACAUGCGCAGCUUGUCGAGCAUCGAUAGCUUCAUCAGCUGUGCCACGGACUUCCCUGAGGCCACCAGGUUCUCCCACAGCCCGUUGGUCUCCCUCCCCAGCAAGACGGGGGGCGGCCCGGCCCCGGAGAUGGGCUGGCGGGGAACUCUGGGUGCCGGUGGAGGUAGAUUGAUGGAGGCCAACCCCACCCCAGCUGCUGGCCCCCACUCUAGUUUCUUCAUCGAGAGCCCCAAGAGCUCCAUGAAGGCUGGCAACGCCUUGAAGCUCCGAGCACUGAAAGUCGACUUCAUGGAGGGUGCCCCCGGCCCACUGCUCCCCAUGCUGGGCAUGUACCAUGACCCUCUUAGGAACCGGGGAGGCGCUGCAGUGGCUGUCGCUGGACUGGAGUGUGCCGCUCUCUUGGACAGGCCCAUGCUGAGCCCAGAGUCCUCCAUCUAUACCACGGCGAGUGCCCGGACACCCCCCCGGUCCCCGGAGAGACAGCCAGCAAUAUCGUUCAAUUUUGAGGCCGGGAUCCACCAGUACAUCGACGCGGACACAGAUGACGAGGGGCAGCUGCUCUACAGUGUGGACUCCAGCCCCCCUAAGAGCCUCCAUGGGAGCGCCAGCCCCAAGUUCAAUGUCGGGGCGAGGUCAGAGAAGAACCACUUCGAAAGCUCCCCCUUACUCACCUCUCCGAAGUUCUUAAGACAGAACUGUAUUUACUCCACCGCAGCAUUGACUGGAAAAGGCCCCGGGGAGCAGGCAAAGGGCAAACUCGAGAACCACAUCUCCCCCGAUGUCCGUGUGUUGCCGGGAGGAGGGGCCCAGGGCAGCAGCACCCGAGAUCCGAACAUCUGAACGAGCCCACUGUGGGGGAAAGACUCGUGGGCCAGGUCCACAGAGGAGUGCUGCUUGGCUUUCCUGAGGCAGAGCUUGCUAGUGAACUCUGAAACAGAAAGACCCUGCAUAGGAGAGAUGCCAGAGAAGGCUCCCCGAAGACCUUGAGAGCCAGGAGAAGUCCACCGGGAUGAACUUGGCCAAGUCAGAGGCUCGAGCACCUCCUGUCACAGCUCUACAGCCCUUUUUGGAAGAUGGCAAGAGCAGAACUCACAGCCACCACCGCCACUACCACCAUCCUAGACCUCACCGAGGCCCCCUGUCCUCCUUCCUGACUCCAGCCAGCCUGUGAGGACAACUGCUCCCUCCCUCCUGGGUUCUGCUGGAGAAGGAUGCUGGGGAAAGUGGCUGGAGUGGAAAGACAGGGGUUGGUGGGAUUUGAUCUUGGAUGCUGCCCAGCCACCUCUGUGAGCACCUGGCCACCACCUCCUGGGUGGAUCCACGGUUAGGAAGCCACCUGGACCGCUUGUAUCAUCGGGAAAUCUCUGCGCCAUAAGCCACGACCCAGCACAACACCCUUACUCAAGUGUCUCCCUGGACUGGCCCACUGUUCUGAGAGACCGUCAGGGCUAGCUGCACCCCUUGUUCUCCAUCCGGAUCGCCUCUGGGCAGCCUGGGAGGGCCCCAGAAAGGCUGCCACGGGGCCAGCAGUGUGGCCGCUAAGCAUUGCUGGAGGGUUGAAGAAGGACCACCCUUCCUGUGCCCACUAGUCUAGACCCAAACGUUAUGCAAGUGUCUAAUAUGCAAAAGAAAUCACCUCUUCGGAGAGAGCCAGAAACGGAAAAGCAGCGGCAAGCCUGAUGCUUUGUUCCUGUUGUGGACGCUGCGAAGAUGAAAGGGGAAAAAGAGUCACCACCACAGAACACCCUCGCCCCAUCGAGAAGCCCGGUUCAGACUUUGGAAUACUACCCCCACCCCGCCACAGGAAGAGCACCUACUCUAAGAAAUUCUUUUUUUUUUAUUUCCUGUGGUAUUCGAGCUUAAAAAAAAAAGUUAAAAUAAAAAGCACUUUAUGUUUUUCAAAACUAGGUUCUACCAGGGACCGUGUCAACAUCUUGCACUUUAAAACAAGCACUCUUUUCCCGUGGGCCACUUGUUGGGACCGUCGUUGGGUUGCUGCUACCUGCCUGUUCCCAGCCACGGUGGUGGGUGACACUGUGCUGUGGUACUGUUGUCUGCCAGGUUGAAGUCUGUGGACCCCUCCCCUGCCCCUCGGAAACUCCCCCUUCACGCCCAGGGGUCAGGAAGGGUGCUUGGCCCCUGGGUGGGACCUCUCACAAAGUCAGACGUGUAGGAGACAUGGACAUCGCAAAGAAGGGCCCUGGGUGUCUCACUCUGUCCUCUGUCUUGUCAACCAGCGGUCGGGAUGUUCUCAGUGUCACUGUCUGUACGAACAGCUCAGCUCUCCUGCAGCCCAGCCAGUACAGACAAAAGCAAUAAGUAUGUGUGCGCAUCGUGAGCGGUCCGGCGCGUUUCUUGGCGUUGGUCUUCCUGUCCUAGUACCAUGUCCUGGCGUUGGCCUGCCUGAUGUUAGCCCAGUGGCGGUGUCGGGCAUGCCUCGGUACCGUGACAUUGUGUUGAGCCACUGGAUAGGACCGUGCCACAGUGUUGGCUCGUCUGUCAGGGUAGAUGAUGGGUCUGCCCCCUUAGUAUGAUGGAGUGACGUUGCUCUCACAAUCCAAUGCUGAUGGAUGAUAUUCCAAGUCCAAUAUCCUAAUCCAGGUCUGCCUGCCUUCAACACGGUGCCGGGCGUGUGUCUGUCUAUUGGAGCAAAGACAGGGUGUUGUUUUGUUUGUCCGUAGUACAAUGUGUCGUUGAGCGGCCUAUGAAGGGGCAGCUCGUGGAUAUGAAAUUACAAGAGCAUGGGAUUUUUCCAUGCACUUUUUGAAGCCCCCUCAGAUUGGUACAAUAGGCUCGAUCCACCUGUCAGUGCAUAGAUCUCAAUGUGCUGUUCUGCCUCCCCUGGGUACAUGCAAGGCACAAGGUCGGUCCACCUGUUACCAGUACAAGGGCCUGCGGUCAUUCCACCACCUGAAAACAAACCCGUUUCGUCUGCUCUACACAGACCUGGUUGGCAGAACCUCUGGGCCUCUGUGGGCACCGCCAGGUCCUCCAAGGGGCUGUGUCCUCUGUUGGGUUCCCAAGGAAAAGGAGUCCUCCACUGUUGCAAGGUGUCUUCCAAGCACUUGCGGCAAAUGCACGGGGACUCCAGGGGCAGGGAGAGUUCAAGGUCGCCCAGUGCUAGUUGGCACACGAGAGAAGAGGCGGCGGCACUUCCUGAGGGCUGGGGGCCAAUGAGGAGCCACCGUGGAAUAAGGUUCCACCGGCCAUCUUUUCACGUCUCCCUCUCUGUUUGCAUCGCCGUCUACGUCCACCAUCAGCACAAAUGUGAAAAUUCAGGGAAAACAAACAAAUGCUUUUUUUUUGAUAAAAGUACCUAAGUUGUGAUUUCUGAUUCAGAUAUUUUUAGAGCUGAUGCUAUCUGUAAAAAAAAAAAAAUCAAUAAUAAUAGUCGUAAGUAGUAAUAUAGUCUAUUUUACAUAUCAGGAACGUGAACAUGUUUAAAUAUAGCCAUAUAUCGUGAGAAGGAACUUACCACCCCUUCUUCAAACCAAGGCAUUUCGUAAUUGCUGGUUGAAGCCGAUGAGAUUGGAAAAUGGUUUCUUUCUGGCUUUUCUUUGGACUCCCCCCACUUUCUUUCCUUUUUCACUGAAAACCAACUGGUGCGACUCUCCUUGUAACCAAAGGUCCUUUCUGUGUUGUGUGGUCGUGUUGGCCCACCCUUGCGUCCUCCUGUGCUCUGUCCGACCUUCAAGUGGCAUUUGAAGGAGUCACUUUUGAAGGACGAAUUCAGAAGUCACUAAGAAGUUACCUUUCCAGGCUCACUAGCCAGAGUCCUGCAGAGUUCUUAUAGAAACAGAAUCAUUGAAGCUCAGCAUAUACUAUGCUUAGGAAGCAUUUGAGCUUUGUUCUCGUGUUCUUUUCUCACCCCUACACCCCAGAUUUUACUCAUGUACAUAUGCAUCACGUGCUCGAUUUGAAAGAGGGUCUUUUAGGUCUUCCCAGCCCCCACCCGCCAAGAAGGAACAUUGGCGUGCAUCUAACCUGGGCACGUGUCCACGUAGUACACCCACUGGGAAGUCGACCAAGAAGCUGGAUGUGACCACCGAGAUGGGUGUGGAUGGAGAAGAGUAAGACCAGGUGUUAGAAGCAUUCACCGGGUGGUCCGUUUCCCACCCCUGCCUGAACCAGCGGACACAGGAAAAACACAUAUACAAGUAUACGUUAGCCCAAAGAGAUGAAGCUAGGAGCUGCAGGUGGGCAAAUGCCUGGCUCCCUUUGAAGAGUUCAAUGAAACUCCAUCCAGAACCUAGCCAAACUUGAGUUCCAACCCCCACCAUUCUGAGAAAGGGCUAGGGGCCAGGCAGCUAUGGGUCCAAGCCACACAACCACGUCUGUGGCCAGCUGUGGGAAGGUAGGCACACUUUGAAGGAGUCAUCUUUUCUUCUUUGGGUAAAGGGAUACCACCAGACCUUGGUGCAGUGCCUUCUCUAGGGAUUUAGUCUUAAGCACACUUCAUGGGGAAGAUGGACAGAAAGUGAGGACCUUGGUUCCAGAGCAAGAAGGAGGAAGCAUAAGAAAGAGAAACAACAAUAUCCUGCCCAGCCAUUUCCUUCCAAAGCCACCCCCAUCCCCUACUACCACCCCACCACCACCACCCCCAGCUUGCCCCGGAGAAUGGCCAGCGAAAACAAACUUGUUUUUUCAACUUGACUCCCAACCUCUCCUCUGCCAUGUCCCGGUCACGGUCACCUCAUCGCUGCCCUUGCCCCUGCAAAGACCCCUAUUUCUAAGGACAAGAACACCACCGUAUUCUCUUCUGUAAAAACUGUGAUGUAUUGUUGAUAUUUGUAACCGUUGAAUGUCUCUGUCUUGCUCCGGUCGUGGCUGGAGGAUUAAGUCUGUGCAUAAGGGGAUGUUCCGUGUCCAGGUUUCAUUAAAAGCGGGUCUGUAGCUCCAGCCCUCUCCUUUCUUCAUUUCUCUGCUGACGUGUCUCAAGUAGCAUAACCCCAGGCUUCUCAGCCACGAGUCAGGUGACUGGGGGCAUAAUUGAGAAGCUGACAGAAAACAUCUAAGACGAGCUUCUUAGGGGAAGGAAUUUUCGCGUGACCGCAGAAUUGGCGAGGUGGGAACAGGGCAUCCCUGUGUCCCCCGGUUGACCAGUAGAAAGCCCCAGCCCUACGCUGAAGUUCAGUCAUCUCCCUCUACUUCCACGACAGCACCCAAAAGCUUCCCAGUCAGGGGCACCCUAAACCAGCCCUGGCCACACCCAGAAAGAGGAAGCACCUCUGCAUUUUCUGUUGACAUCGUUCUGGCUCUAGAAAUACAAUGCACAACUAUGUCCCAGGAUGUCCACGCAUCUCAGAGGAGUCUCUUUUUCUGUUCAGAUUUAAAUAUAUGCAUAUGCAUAUAGGUAUUUUUAGCAAAGUUCUAAUAGGCCCAUGGCGUCAAACUUCUUUGGAAUAACAUGUUCUUGUUGGUCAUGAACAUAGGAGCUACGUUUUUCUGGUCUUCUGCAUUGUCUUCAUUGCCCUCUGGGCAGUUCUUUUUGUUUGUUUCCAGCUUUUGAUUGUGGUUUUCUGGGAAUAGGGAAAGAUUUAGGGGGCUGGCUUCCUCAGGUGGACAUCAGUGGGCACCAGGCCUGGGAUCUGUCUGAGGCUGAUGUUCUCCUUUGAUCUGUGGGUUUCUCUUGGGGAUGGUCCUUUGGAACUCAGGGCGUGGGAGUAGGAGGGAGCCCAGACGGUGGCUGAUGGUUCUAGGAUCAGGGUGGGAUGUGGGCCGGCUUCACUCAUGCGCCACCUACACUGGGCUCUGAAGGGACUCGGAACUAAAAAGUCUCAUGCUGGCACAGCUGACAUCCGGAACCCACCCAAGACCCCCUUGCCUGCCUGUCCCCAUGCCCAGGACCCCCUUUUCCCAUAAUGCCCAUUGGAUGGAUCUGAAGGCCAGAGCAUUUUCAGGUUCUUGCAAACUUUAAAAGGAUAUGCUGGGCUUCGUGCAAGUCUUAUCAACUUUGUCUCAGUUCCACAUUUCAACCCAUUUCUGGCAGAUCCACCCCAAACCGGUGCCCAGACACCUUUGCGGCCAAACUCCGAGAAAAUGCUUCCUCAGAGUCUGCUAUGUCAUCUCCCUUCCCUUUCCAGCCUCCUGGCUCCGUAGAGGGUGAGGUUUGUGGUCAGAGCAGUGGUCUUUUUCCAGCCUCCACCGCCUCAGGGAGUUUCUGGACUGCCUUGAUCACUAAUCCCAGGAGGUGAGUACCAGACUCAGGUGGGCAAGGGACAUCUCACUAAGAGGGCUAUCACCUCUCGAUCCCAUUCUUUCCAUUGUCAUACCUGCCGGAGCAGCUGUCAACAGUGGAACCCCCAGCCUCUGGUGCAAAUCAGAGGUGGGAGCCAAGCCAGGGCCCCCAGACAGCAGGGAACCAUCCCCAUUGGCUAACUCCCAAGAGGAACUCAUCCAAAAUAGGAAUUGAUUAUUCUGGACCCUGAGAUUAACCCAAGUGUCCCUAUUCCCCUAAAUUCCUGGUCCUCUGCCUUGAACCGGAGCCAAACAAAACAGGAGCAACUGCAAAUGUUUGCACAAGAACCACACAAACAAAAACUUGCUUCCCGGUGAUUGUAUUUGUGCAGCGGAGUCGGUCCCAACUCAUCGCAGCCCGAUAGAAGGAGUAGAACAGCCCCGCCAGGCUUCCCACACGGGCCUCCUCAUCGGAUCGCACGGCCAGGUCUUUCCCUUGCUGGGCCCCUGCUGGGUUCACAUGGCUGACCUUCUGGUUGACAGCAGAAGGUUUGCUUCUUCCCUGCACCACUUGGGCUCUUGAUGGCCUCUUAGGAGCUUCCUAACGUUGAUGCCCAGAGAAAUGAGCGCUGCUGUGAUGGUUUCCAUUGAGACAGAGAUGGUACCGUUGAGGUUUCCUUCCACGGUCCCUGAUACUGUGUUAACCUGGACUUCCUCCUGAAUUUCCCCGAAUGCCAGCUUGGAGGAUUGACUUUGCAAGGGUGAUCCAUCAUCGUCACCUCCAGCUCAAACUCUCCUCUCAUCCCUGCCAAGGUCCUCAAAGAUACCCCACAAGGUGGUCAGGGUGGGGUCGAAGGGAGCGGUUCACCUGAAAAAAGGAAGUGCCCGACCACCAGUAACUGCAUGCAUGGGUCGGCCAGGCUCUCUUGCAUCCAAGGGAUGGAGCAGUUGACUUCAGCUCAAUGAAAGCAGUCCUGCUCGUAGGCUGGGCUAUCCAACCGCAGACCCAGAUCCCGCGAGAGUCCUGAGCUCCUCGCUGCCUGUCCCGUCACCAGUGAGCUGAUUCCAACUAACAGCAGCGCUACAAGUCAAAGGAGAACGGCCCCAGAGGGUUCCCUACGCAGGAUCUUUGGAGAGCAGAUCACCAGAUCUUUCUCCCACGGAGCAGCUGGUGGAUUCAAACCACAGAUCUUCGGGUUCACAAGCCGAGCACUUUAACACGGUCCUGCCAGGCUCCUUUCCUUUAGAACAUGGGUUUAAAAAGAGGCCGGGUGGUAUUCAACUUGGUCACAGAGGGCCCUGGCAUUGUGUGGAAACUGGACUGACCAACCAAGGAAAUUCAUUUUGUUUCUUGGUGUGUGUGUGUGUGUGUGUGUGUGUGUGUGUGUGUGUGUAAGUGGUUUGAAUAUUCUAGGCUCCGGUUCCAGCCACUGAGCAUAACUAGCAGGAACUCUGCUUCCAGGAUUCUCAGCUUUUGGACUGGGGGCUGGAAAGGGAAGGUAGAAGCAGGCCCCCUUGCUACAUCCGUUUCCUGUCUUGUGAAGUUUGAAUGGUCCCAUCGAGAAGCCUAUCCAACCGAUCCCCAGUGGCCUGAUGGGUGCCACAUGGGGUUGGGACUCAUGCCUCCCUCCCCUGGGCCAGCUGAGGAGCAGUCCAGGAAGUUGACCAUCACUGACCAACUGUCUUACGGUGCUUCAGCUCGUCCACCCAGAGCCUGUGCCCCCACAAGCCUGAGAUUUUCCAUACAAGAAAUGCAAUGAUCCUUUACCAACUAGCCAGCUACCCAGCAAAUAAACUGCCCCAGCUCUAGCUAAAUAGCACCAUUUCCAAAAGAGCUCUCUCUACCUGGUGUAUAAAACAGAAGAUGUCGUCCAAGACCUUUGAAUGCCCACACACACGUCUGUUAAGUAAAUCUAGAAGGUUCCAAAGAAGGGCGGCAGCUGUGAUGAAGUGUUACAGCAAAGCGAGAUUGCGGAUGUCACCAGGCAGAACACCCCACACCCGGAGCCCUGUUUCCAGAUGCACCCGAGUCUGCGACCUCCAAGGAGACCAUCAGCUCGGCAUUUGAUCAGAGAGGGUUUUAAGGCCCCUCCCCCCCACACACGUAGGACUGGAAAAAUAAAUACAUAAAACGGAUGGUUGCGUUGAA